UAGUUAUAAAUAGUCACACAGCUUAGCUCCCAAUUCCAAAUCAUACGGCCCUCUCGCCCCCCCUCUCAUACUUUAGUUCUCCACAUUUCUUCCAAAAAUGGAUCCUUCCAAGAUGCGUCCAUCAAGCUCCAAUGAUACGCCGUUUUGGACUACCAAUGCUGGUAUUCCAGUUGACAACAAUAACUCUGUCAUGACUGUCGGAACCAGAGGUCCGAUCCUUCUUGAGGACUAUCAUAUGAUAGAGAAACUUGCCAACUUUACGAGAGAAAGAAUUCCUGAGCGUGUUGUUCAUGCCCGAGGAAUGAGUGCUAAGGGUUUCUUUGAAGUGACUCAUGACGUUACUCACCUUUCCUGCGCCGAUUUCCUCCGGGCUCCCGGCGUUCAGACUCCGGUCAUCGUCCGUUUCUCCACUGUCAUUCAUGAGCGUGGCAGCCCUGAAACCCUUCGUGAUCCUCGAGGCUUUGCUACUAAGUUUUACACUCGAGAGGGUAACUUUGAUAUUGUGGGAAACAAUUUCCCGGUGUUCUUCAUCCGCGACGGAAUCAAAUUCCCAGAUGUGGUUCACGCGUUCAAGCCCAAUCCUAAGUCUCACAUCCAAGAAUACUGGAGGAUCUUCGACUUCUUGUCUCACCACCCUGAAAGUUUGAGCACUUUCGCCUGGUUCUUUGACGAUGUCGGAAUUCCUCAGGAUUACAGACACAUGGAAGGUUUCGGUGUCCACACCUAUUCCUUCAUCAACAAAAAUGGCAAAGUCACUUAUGUUAAAUUCCACUGGAAACCCACUUGUGGAGUCAAAUCUUUGAUGGAUGAUGAAGCUGCCAGGAUCGGAGGACUCAAUCACAGCCAUGCUACUCAGGAUCUUUACGAUUCGAUUGCUGCCGGCAAUUUUCCUGAGUGGAAACUUAUGAUCCAGACUAUGGAGCCUGCCGAUGAAGAUAAAUUUGACUUUGAUCCGCUCGAUAUGACCAAGAUUUGGCCGGAGGAUAUGUUUCCGUUGCAGCCUGUUGGAAGAUUGGUGUUGAAUCGGAACAUUGAUAACUGGUUCGCGGAGAAUGAGAUGCUGGCGUUCGAUCCUGCUCAUAUUGUUCCUGGAAUUUACUUCUCCAAUGAUAAGCUGUUUCAGCUUAGGCUCUUUGCUUAUGCUGACACUCAACGACACCGUCUCGGUCCAAAUUACAUGAUGCUCCCUGUCAAUGCUCCGAAAUGCCCUCAUCAUAAUAAUCAUCACGACGGGGCCAUGAAUUUCAUGCAUAGAGAUGAGGAGAUUGAUUACUUCCAAUCCAGAUAUGCUCCGGUUCGCCAUGCUGAGAAAAUCCCCAUUCCUAGAGCUAUUUGCAGCGGCAUGCGUGAGAAGUGUGUGAUCGAAAAGGAGAGCAAUUUCAAGCAACCCGGAGAUAGGUACCGAUCAUGGGCGCCUGACAGGCAGGAAAGGUUCCUCUGCAGAUUGGUUAAUGCCUUAUCAGACCCUCGUAUUACAUACGAAAUUCGCAGUAUCUGGGUCUCAUACUGGUCUCAGUGCGACCAAUCUCUUGGUCAGAAGCUAGCAUCUCGUCUGAAUGUGAGGCCAAACAUCUGAAGAUGACGAUGAUAGUGAUGAUAAUCGAAAUGUUGCUAGUUGGACUUGGCAGAAAUUAAGAGAGAGAAAUGAUGCAAAAUAUAUCUUUGUUAAAGUCUGCAGUUUGCGAUAAAAUGUUGAUUGUAUAAUAGUAAUAAAGAAUCCUACUACUUGUUAAUAGCGCAUCUCUUUUGAUGAGACGCGUUUAUGCAAUAAACUCGAGUCCUGUAAUUUGUGGUUCUGUUGUAA